ACACUGAAUUCUUUAACAUCUUUAGAAACUAUACAAACAUGUCUGACUUUUUGAAGAGUGCAGUGGACAAGGCCUUACAGAGUAAGAAUGGACACCUGGAUCUUUUCCUCCGCUUCCUCCUGGGUCUCUCACUGGAGUCCAAUCAGAAUCUCUUACGAGGCCUACUGCCACAAACAGGAAGUAGCUCUUACAACAAAGAGGAAAUGGUCAAGUACAUCAAGGAGAAGAUCAGUGAGAAUCCCUCUCCAGAGAAAUCCAUCAAUCUGUUCCACUGUCUGAAUGAACUGAACGAUGAUUCUCUAGUGCAGGAAGUCCAACAAUACCUGAACAGAGAAGGUUCUCUUCAUCAUGAUGGACACCGUCUGUCUCCUGCUCAGUGGUCGGCUCUGGUGUUUGUGUUGCUGAACUCAGAUCAGGAGCUGGAUGAGUUUGAUUUGAGGAGAUAUUAUCCAUCACAUGAAGGUCUUCUGAAGCUCCUGCCAGUUGUGAAAGAAUCAAGAAAAGCUGAGUUGGUGUGGUGUGAUCUAACAGAGGAAAGUUGUGAAGUUCUGUCCUCAGUUCUCAGUUUAAACUCCUCCAGUCUGAAACAUCUGAACCUGAGUUACAAUGAACUGAAGGAUUCAGGAGUGAAGCUGCUCUCUGCUGGACUGGAGAAUCCACACUGUAAACUGGAGAUACUGUGGUUUGCUGGUUGUUCUCUAACAGAGGAAAGUUGUGAAGUUCUGUCCUCAGUUCUCAGUUUAAACUCCUCCAGUCUGAAACAUCUGGACCUGAGUAACAAUGAACUGAAGGAUUCAGGAGUGAAGCUGCUCUCUGCUGGACUGGAGAAUCCACACUGUAAACUGGAGAUACUGUGGUUUGCUGGUUGUUCUCUAACAGAGGAAAGUUGUGAAGUUCUGUCCUCAGUUCUCAGUUUAAACUCCUCCAGUCUGAAACAUCUGAACCUGAAUAACAAUGAACUGAAGGAUUCAGGAGUGAAGCUGCUCUCUGCUGGACUGGAGAAUCCACACUGUAAACUGGAGAUACUGUGGUUGUGUCUAUGUUCUCUAACAGAGGAAAGUUGUGAAGUUCUGUCCUCAGUUCUCAGUUUAAACUCCUCCAGUCUGAAACAUCUGGACCUGAGGUACAAUAAACUGAAGGAUUCAGGAGUGAAGCUGCUCUCUGCUGGACUGGAGAAUCCACACUGUACACUGGAGAUACUGGAGUUGUGUCUAUGUGAUCUAACAGAGGAAAGUUGUGAAGUUCUGUCCUCAGUUCUCAGUUUAAACUCCUCCAGUCUGAAACAUCUGAACCUGAAUCAGAAUAAACUGAAGGAUUCAGGAGUGAAGCUGCUCUCUGCUGGACUGGAGAAUCCACACUGUACACUGGAGAUACUGUGGUUAAAUUACUGCAGUAUUACAGAUGAAGGUUUUACUGCUCUGGCUUCAGCUCUGAAAUCAAAUCCAUCAUCACGUCUGAGAGAACUGCAACUGAGCCACAAUAAUCCAGGAGAAUCAGGAGUAAAACUGCUCAAAGAUCUAGAGGUGGAUCCACAACGUAACCUGAAGGAACUACAUGAGAUCAGAAUCGGACAUUCCAUCAGCGACGCUGAAAAGAACUACGUAAAAUCAAGAAAACGAACAGUUCUGAACUGCCUACAGGAGCACAGCAUACCAUGUACUAAGGUACACAACACCGUUCUGUAACACACAUCACUACACACCCUGUACUAAGGUACAC